AAAUACACUUCAAACACAGAACAGUAUUUCUGCCUUUUCAACGUUUCCAAAAUAAUAUACAUUGUUUUCCAAUUGUCAUAUAAUAUUUAAUAAGGACGAAUUUUUCCGACUAUAUAAAUGUUCCACAUACCUACGAACUAGGAGAAAAUGUCAAACGCCGCUACUCCGGGACAAGCCAAGCUACUUUAUCGAGACCCAAAGAAUAAAUUAUGCGAAAAGAUUUGUCUAAAUGUUCACUCAUUUGGCAGUCUCGCGGAAUCCAUUGUUCAUGGAAAGGAACAGCACCAACCUCUAACCCAAGCCAUCAACAAUUUCGUCUCAACAGAAAAACACAUUGAAGAGUCUCAUGAGAACUUGAAGAAACUUGCCGUUUUAAAUCUACACAUGACAUAUCAAUAUGACGCAAUUAACAAGUUUUCUCAACAAUUGGAUCAGCUAAAGGAAGUUAGUCAGUCUAUGAGAAGAUGACCAGACCAAAAUGCCUUUAGGAGUAACGAUGCAUGCGAUUAAAUCAUCAAUGGUCACAAUUUCCACUAGGGACUUUCACACACAAUAUAGAGUUAUUAGUUGCAAUAUUGAAUUAGUUUAUAAAUUGACCUAUAUUUGAGCUACCUCGUCUAUCCUUUCUGCCAUUUAGUUUAUGCUGAAUUGGUUCAAAACAAUUUAUAUGGUAGCCAUGAAAAUCGGUCUGACCUUUAAAAUUAUUCCUUUAAUAAUGGCCGCUAACUGGUUUAGCCAAUAACUUGUAUAAACUUGACGGACAACUCUAAAUAUCCUAAAUAGCUAUUCAUUUU